AUGGCAGAGCAUCACCCAGAGCAUCACCGCCGACCUUCGGUAGUUGAGAUCGCGCAUUCGAUCGACUCGGACUAUGAUGACCGCCUCGCUCUGGAGAAGCAAGGCUACAAGCAAGAGUUCUUACGCGAGUUUGGCAACUUGGCCACCUUCUCGUUUGCGUUCUCGAUCAUGGGUGUCUCGUCCUCUGUUGCCAUCACCUUUACCACCCCGAUGAUGCUCGGCGGGCCCGCGAGUGUGGUCUGGUGUUGGUUCAUCGGUGCCGUCUUCGCCUUCUUCAUCGGUACUGCUAUUGCUGAGCUGGUAUCUGCCUACCCCACUUCGGGUGCUCUGUACACGGCCUCUGCCCGCCUCGUCCCGCCUCGCCAUCGUAUUUGGGUCGGUUACCUCAUCGGUUGGAUGAACGUGCUGGGCAACAUUGCUGGUGCGGCAUCCACCGAAUUUGGCCUGAGUGAGAUGAUCUGGUCUGCAUAUGGCGCCGCCCAUCCCGAGUUCAGUGUGACUCCGGGCCAGACAGUCGGCCUGUUCAUCGGCCUGCUAUGCCUGCACGGUCUCCUCAACUCUCUCCGUACCAAGCAGCUGGCCUUCUUUACCCAGUUCUUCGUCUUCAUCAAUGUCGGUGUGCUGUUCUGCACUUUCAUCGCUGUCCUUGCCAAGACCCCGCGCAGUGAGCUGCACACGGCCAAGUACACCUUCACGUAUCUGGAGAACCAGACUGGCUGGUCGAACAACGGGCUCUCGUUCCUUCUUGGCCUGCUGUCUGUCCAGUGGACCAUGACCGGUUACGAUGCUACCGCCCACAUCUCGGAGGAGGUGAAGAAGGCUGCCAUUGCCGCCCCCGUCGCCAUCUUCCUUGCCGUUCUCAGCACUGGUAUCCUCGGCUGGAUUCUCAACAUCUGCAUGGUCCUCGCAUCGGGUCCGCUUGAGGACCUGCCAGGCGCGUCGGACAACGCCUACCUCUCGAUCCUCAUCAACCGCCUUGGCCUGAAGGGCGCUCUUGCAGUGUGGUCUUUUACCAUCCUGAUCGCCUUCUUCACGCUCCAGACUGGUCUGCAGGCGAAUGCUCGUGCCAUCUUUGCCUUUAGCCGUGACCACGGUCUUCCUGAUGGCAAGUUCUUUGGCAAGAUCAACAAGUACACCAAGACCCCCAUCAAUGCCGUCUGGUGCUGUGUCAUCAUUUCCAUUGCCCUGGGAUGUUUGGACUUUGCCUCGCCCAUUGCUUCAGCGGCCGUCUUCUCGCUUGCCACUGUGGCUCUGGACCUAUCAUACGGUCUGCCCAUCUUCUUCCGCCUCAUUUUUGCUGGCAAGGAAGGUGUCGACUUCAAGCCUGGCCCGUUCUACUUGGGUGACGGCCUCUUUGGCAAGUUUGUCAACUGGGUCGCCGUCAUCUACAUUCUCUUCGAGUGUAUUAUCCUGUCGUUCCCCGAAAACCACCCCGUCACUGGCCAAAACAUGAACUAUGCCGGUGUCAUCACCAUUGGCGUCAUGCUCAUCGGUCUCCUGUGGUACGUUGUGUACGCCCGCCGCCACUACUUUGGCCCCAACGACAUGGUCGAGUUCCCGGUCGACCACAACAACUCGGACGAAGCCGUGCUUCACGAGGAGAAGAAGGCGGGCAAGGCAUAA